AUGAGUUCCGAUUUAGAGAGAUGGUGGAAGGACUUGCCGGUGCUGACGAAGUACCUUUUUGUGGGAUCGUUCGGCGUGACGCUGGCAGCGAAUUUCGGGCUGCUCAGCCCCUACAGCCUGGUGCUCAUUUGGCCUAAGAUCAUCACCGAGUUCCAGCUGUGGCGGCUGGUCACAUGCUUCCUCUUCCAUGGCAAGCUGGGCUUCCCCUUCCUCAUCCACAUGCUCUUCCUUUCUCUGGAAUCUGAGAUCUUCAACGGCCGUCUUUCGGAUUACGUGUGGAUGCAGGUUAUCACCUGCUCCCUCCUCCUGGCCAGCACGCUCAUCCUGCCCUCUCCCAUCCUGGGCAUGGGCCUGAUUGUGUCGCUUAUCUACUACUGGUCGCGCAAGAACCCGGACGUUGAGAUGUCCCUCAUGUUCGGCAUCCGCUUCAAGUCCAUCUACUUCCCGUGGGUGCUCUGCGCCAUGAGCCUCUUGAUGGGCGGUUCGCCUCUGGCAGAGCUGUGCGGCAUUGUUGCCGGCCACUUCUACUUCUUCUUCGAGGACAUCAUCCCUCGCACCAAGGGCUAUCGUCUUCUCCAGACGCCAGCCUUCAUGUACGUAUCGAUUGAUCCCGCCGAGUACAAUUCGUACAACCGAGGCGCGCAGCAGCAGGCCACCCGUGGCCCCACUUUCACUGGCACCGGCUACACCCUCCGUGGAUAG